AUGUCGGCUACAUCGCUGCCCCAGCUCUUUGACCUCUCCGGUCGCACCGCCGUCGUUACUGGCGGUACGCGUGGUAUCGGACAAGCCAUGGCACUGGCGCUCGCCGAAGCCGGCGCAGACAUCAUCUUGGUCCAGCGUGAUACAUCCAACACUUCGACACAAUCUCAGGUCGACACCCUCGGCCGUUCCUGUCAGAUCUACACUGCGGAUCUGGCCUCCGCGGGCGACGUUGGCGGCCUCGCCAAGCGCAUUCUGGCUGAUAAACACGACGUCUCGAUCCUGGUGACGAGCGCGGGCAUCCAACGACGGCACCCUGCGCACCAGUUCCCGGACAGUGACUGGGCUGAGGUCCUGCAGGUCAAUCUCAACACGGUGUGGACUCUGUGUCGUGACUUUGGCGCUUACAUGCUCACUCGACCGGGACCGCGGAGGGGGAACAUCAUCAACGUGGCGAGCUUGGUCAGCUUUCAAGGCGGUCUGAACGUACCUGCGUACGCCGCCGCAAAAGGCGGAGUGGCGCAGCUCACGAAAGCCUUGUCGAAUCAGUGGGCGGCGGAGGGCAUCAACGUAAACGCCAUAGCACCGGGCUACAUUGACACAGAUAUGAACGAGGCGCUGAUGAAGGACGAGCAGCGCAAGAGGCAGCUGUUUGAGCGGAUCCCUGCGCAGAGAUUUGGCGUGCCGGACGACUUCCGAGGCCCGACCGUGUUUCUGGCCAGCAGCGCGAGCGCGUACGUCUCGGGAGAGAUCAUGCUGGUGGAUGGUGGAUGGAUGGGGAGGUGA